UGGAAGCGUUAUUAGUAAUUACAUCAGGACCAAAAUGAGUUUCUAAACUGUUCAGAAGCCAGAAGUGACCUUCCUGCUGAACAGGAUGUUACCUUCCCUUUGUGAAGGUCUCCCAGCCAUCCAACCCCGGCUAGUAGCGGUCAGCAAAACAAAACCUACAGAGAUGGUGAUUGAGGCCUACGGUCAUGGCCAGCGCACUUUUGGAGAGAACUAUGUUCAGGAACUACUAGAAAAAGCAUCAAACCCUACGCUUCUGUCGUCAUGUCCUGAGAUCAAGUGGCACUUCAUUGGUCAUUUGCAGAAACAAAACGUCAACAAGUUGAUGGCCGUCCCCAACCUCUCUAUGCUGGAAACUAUAGACUCCGUGAAGUUGGCAGACAAGGUGAACAGUUCCUGGCAGAAGAAAGGUUCUCCUGAACGACUGAAGGUGAUGGUGCAGAUUAACACCAGUGGAGAGGACAGUAAACACGGCCUUCUGCCCUCAGAGACCGUAGCCGUCGUGGAACACAUAAAGGCCAGUUGUCCCAACCUGGAGUUCGUGGGUCUCAUGACCAUAGGAAGCUUUGGGCAUGAUCUAAGUCAAGGACCAAACCCAGACUUCCAGAGGUUGCUGUCCCUGCGGCAGGAGCUGUGUGAGAAGCUGGGCCUUCCCGUGGAGCAGGUGGAACUUAGCAUGGGCAUGUCAGUGGACUUCCAGCACGCUAUUGAAGUAGGAUCUACAAACAUCCGUGUAGGAAGCACUAUUUUUGGAGAGCGGGAUUACUCAAAGAAACCUGCCCCAGACAAGACUACGAUAGACCUGACAGCCUCAGUGCCACUGGUGCAAGGACAGUGAAGCCAGGACAGCUCAGAAGCUCAGCCACACACAGCCUAGUUCAUUCUGGUGUUCCGCAUGUCCCCAGUCACACUCUUCCGUGGCCUAUAGAGCGCGCUGAGGAUUACACGUGUUGAUGGGAACCACCUGUGCUUAGCUUCUGCCGUAGCAAGCUCGGUUCAAGCAGUGGCUGAGGCUUGGAUUUGAAGAGUUUCGAGACUUCAGAACCGACACCAGAUUAGUAGCUGGGACCUGAGUUUGAUUGAACACUGCCCAGGGAUACCCAACCCUGUGAUUGCCUGAGCCUGGGUUCUUGUGUGUUGUGAUGUCUGUAAUCGAGAAAAUCAGAGGGAUUCCCAUUGGGCAUUUAAUAGAACACCCUGCUGUUCCUACAAGUCCCCACUACUCUAGAAUGAGGUGGUUUCUGUUCCCAGUUUCCAUCCUGGCCAGUAGAUGUCUCCAGUGGCACUGACCUGCAAUUCCAGGGUAACUUGUUAAUAGCACUUGGGCCUUUCUUGCUGAAAAGGCAGGACUUGGAGGUCCACUAAGGACCACAGUGGUGGAAAGUGGGCGGCAGGAUUUCUUCCCCACCAUAACUCUUUCCUGGUUCCUAGCAAAGACUGCCCCACUGGGAGACAAAAGCUUCCAGUUCUAGCCCAAGGUUUCAACAAGGCCUCACUUGCUUUUCCUCUUCUGGGGCUGUGUCCCAGGCAUAUUUACAGCUACCCCAGUACACACUGUAUCUACAAGCCAGAAUGUUGCGGGCCCUGGUUGUUCACGAUGCCGUAAGAGCUUCAGAAGUGAGGAAACAGCUGGGCCCAGGAGCACUUGUCCAUAACUCCGGCAUCCGCGGGGUGCAGGCAAGAAGAUCAGGAGUUCAAGGAUAGACAAAGGCUAACUGAGCUAUCUAAAAAUAAUAAUAAGCCAGAAAGCACAAUUCUGCAGUAAUCCCCACAGAGCUCCAGUGCUUAUAUCCUGACAGCUUUUUCUCUUGUUUACUCCAGCCCUCAUUCUUCAUUUAACAAACAACUUCAGGACGCGCUGCUGCUGGAUUUAAUUUCCAAACCUAAGCCACUGUGAUUCUUGUUCUGUUUCCAUCAAAGCUAGCGUGGUAUUUCAGCUUGUUAAAUACAAAUGUGAGCUUGAAUUAUACCAUCUGUGCCAACUAUAAAGCCAUUAAAGGUUUAUUUUUAUGA